AUGGUGUUUCAAUAUGCGAAUCUUGAAUUAUACCGGAACUGCCGGAUAAAUGUCCAUUUGCAGCUACAGUCAAAAGAUGAUCCUAACUCAUGGCAAACAUCAUAUUCUCCGAUAAAUCUAUUACCGCAUUUGUGCUACUCUGUGGGACCAGAAAGCACUCGCCAGAAUAUCGAGGAACACGGUCCCCUGACGAACAAUUCCUCAAAUUAUUAUACUGCAUUCAUUCCGCAUUUAUAUCCGAACAAAAAACACAGGAUCUGGGUCAAUGGAAUCUGUUACGCAUCGCAAAAUAAUAAUCAAAUAAGAAUUUUUACCAACACGAUUCCUUUCUGGACAACCUGUAGAGGAACCCAUCUUUUCAAAAUAGAGCCCGGUGACACAUAUUUAACCGUUUACAAACGCCGAAUUACCGAAUGUAAUGAUCGAAUUGACGCUCUAUAUGAAAUAAGCAUAAGUAAAGUAGGAACAAACUUGGGGCAUCAAUUGGUUUUAGGUAAUUUCCCAGUAAACUUAACUCACCCACGGUUAGAUCCAUUCUCGAAGUACAAGGUUUCGAUAGCAGACAUCCAAGAUCUGGGGAACAAGUUGUUCGAAGUCAUAGUCUGCACGCUCGAAGCAGCUCCUGAUAGCAUUACACGAUUCAGAUUCACGCCAACCGAUACGACGGUAAAACUUGAAUGGGAACCUCCGAUAAAGAUGAACGGAAUACUGAGAGGCUACGAAGUUUCGAUAAAGAUGGUCACUCUGCUGGCUUGUGAAGAAGUGAAAAAAGACACGCCUUUGAAAGACGUAGUGAUUCGCAAAUCGGUUCAAAAAUCGAGUGUAACGUUCGAGAAGUUGCAUCCUUACGUGAGAUAUAACGUUACCGUAAUUACGUAUACAUCGAAACCUGGCGAACCUUACUUGGAUGAAUUUGAGACACAUCCGACGGAUAUUCCAACUGCAAAAUUUAGCAAUUUCCGUUUCAUGAUUAAUUUUACCAAAUUGACCUGGAGUCCACCUGAGGAUUGCACGACAAUAUCAGGACCGUUAAGGGCUGCUGUCCUGUUUUUUUACAGCAGCGAUUCCAUGAAACGAGUGUACGCUAUCCAAACAGAACAUUCCACGUUGAAUUUGCAAGCUAUAAAUCUGACUGCUUUCACGAAUCACACUGUUCGUCUUUAUGCUUUGAGGAGUCCGACUUCUGCACGGAAUCCACGUAUGUAUCAAAGUCUAACUUGGAUGACACCGGCAACAGCUCCACCGCCGGUGACAGAUGUGACAAUUUUCGAUGUUGAUCCGGAAUCAUUUACCAUUUCCCUGAGGUGGUUACCACCUAUGCCCACGAAUGGCAAAAUUGAAUUAUAUCAGGUAAAAUAUCUGAACUCACAGAGUAUGGCGGUGUGGAAUGGAUCCGUUUCGGACAAAAGUAUCAUGUGUCAACUGAGGGAAAAUUUCGUGUGCGCCGAAGACAUAAAAAUUCUCUUCAAUAAUUCCCUGUUCAAGGUUUGCGCAAAAAAUGAGGAUGUGGAAAAAUUAGGAUGUACACAGCCCAUCUCGCUGAAAACGAUUAACUUUCGGAAUGCAAAACCUGCUCAACCGGAAGAUAUUCUAGUUACACCUUCGAUUUCUGGAAUCGUAAACUUGCAGUGGGAGCUUCCAAAGAUUAGUAUAAAAAAGAUCAAAGGAUUUGAAAUUAUUUAUCAAUUAAGCGGAACAAAGCUUUUGAAACUUCCAAGUUCAAAUGAUAUAUUUGGAGCAAAAUUAUUAAAGAGACAGGACCGAAAGUACGAACUACACCUUUUGCCAUCUAGUGAAUACAAGAUUUCCCUGUUCUCCACUGAUCAAAACGUUCGAAGCGAGGAGGUUGAAAAAUCGUUUUGGACACGAACAGCCAUUGCUUUUGCAGAUGGAAAAGAAUUACAAGUCAGCCACAAUGGAACACUGAUUAAUGUUGAGAUUCCAGAAAUAGUGAACAUAACUAAAAGUACAAAGCUUGAGGUGAUGGUCAACGGCCCAAUAACGUGCGACGCUCAUUCGCCAAAAAAUUCGAAUGGCAACCAGACGAGUGUAAUGAACUUAAUCGCCGCCAGUUAUAGUGCCGGAAAUAUCACCGAUAAACAGCUGACAAUUGGUGGGAGCAAAACCAUUGAAAACGUGGGUUCGAAGUGUGAUUUACACUACGGCGAGUCCUACACGAUCGUAGUUAAAAUUAUAGAUGAAUCCGUUUACUACAAUAAAUCGCGAAAAAUCCAUCUGAUCGAUGGCGAGGAAUCUGAAGCAGGAUCUAAUCUCAUCUGGUUGAUUAUCUUACCAAUAUUGGUAAUCGGCAUCGCGAUACUUUUUUACAUCUGGAGCAGAAGAAGCCGAAUUACCAUAAUACGCGACCCUAUUUACGCUAAUAUGCUGUAAAAGACGAUAUUGACUACGGAUAUCUCGGCAUCACGUGAUUCAAAAGUGAAGUCGUCACCUCCUAACGAUACCCUAUAGAGAAAAGCAAAAUGUAACGAGUAUGAAUAAAUAAAUAAAAAAGGUGAGGAGCAAACUCGACGAAAACUUCACGAAAUCAUCGAACAACGCCCUCGAAAUGUAUCUGAUUUUCUUGUAAAAUACAUUACGAAGAAAAAAUAUAUAUUUACAAAU